UUCCGCUUAGCCUCCACGGCCUCUCUCCACGACGACCACGACUCCACGUUGAGCUGAUCGAUCGAAUCGAGCUUGAUUACGGUGAAGCGUGUUUAAAUCGUUUGUCAAGAUGCAAGUACCGCCAAUUUUCAUGGAAUUACCGUUAGAGGACCAGGCGCAGGAAUUGAGAGUGCAUUUUAAAAAUCUUGGUGCUGAAAUCAGCGAAGAAAAGUCCCCUAAAGGUAUAGAGGAUGAUUUGCACAAGAUUAUUGGGGUAUGCGAGGCAUGUUUCAAGGAAGGAAACGAAACUGAGAUAGAAACUGUAUUGAAUGACAUCGUCUCUAUCAUGAUUCUGAUACCUAUGGAACGUGCUGAAAAUUUAAUUUUGGCAUUUUGCGAGAAACUUGUCAAAGCGCCUGGAUACAAACUCGGAUUGGUUUGCUUAAAGGCUUUAUGGCUGUUAUUUCAAUCUCUUGCCGAUGACUCUCCAAUGAGAUAUCACGUUUAUUAUCAUUUGGUACAAAUAGCCCGCAACGUUGAUCAAGUAAAGGCCGUGUAUAGUGGAAUAGAUCAACUGAAGCAACAAUUUGCUUCCUUUCCUCCGUCGAAUGAACAGAUGCAAAAGUUGCUGCGUUUGUUACACGAAGUUCUUUUGAGCUGCAAGCAAGGAGAGCAAGCGGCAGCUGUCAUGGUCGAAUUGUUGGGAACUUACACAGCAGAGAACGCUUCCGCGGCUAGAGAAGACGCACAGCGCUGUAUAUUAGCUGCAUUAGCCGAUCCAAAUACCUUUCUGUUGGACCCACUUUUGGCGUUGAAACCUGUGAGAUUCUUGGAGGGCGAAUUGAUACACGAUUUACUUCUUGUAUUUGUACAAGAUAAAUUACCAGCGUAUUUACAUUUCUAUCAACAUCACAGAGAAUUUGUUGAACAUCAACUUGGAUUGAACCACGAACAAAAUAUGAAGAAAAUGAGGCUACUCACCUUUAUGCAACUUGCAGAGACAAAUCCAGAAAUGUCUUUCGAUACGAUACAAGAGGAAUUACAGAUUGCCGAGUCUGAAGUAGAGAGCUUCAUUAUUGAUGUUUUAAAGACUAAACUUGUAAGAGCGCGCAUGGAUCAGGCUGGCCGUAAAGUAUUAAUUUCAAGCACGAUGCAUAGAACGUUUGGUCGUCCCCAAUGGAUGCAACUGCGAGAUUUACUCGUAUCGUGGAAAGCUAAUCUUUCGGCCGUGCAGGAUGGUAUGAAGACUGUGGCUACUGCGCAAAUGGAGCUCGCGGCAAAGAAUAAAGCUACCCUUGCCCACUGACAGUAUCGAAAAAUUCCAUAGAUGUGUACGAUUUACUCCGGAAUACAACGGGAAAUCAUACCGAGUUUGAAAAACCUAUAAAACCUUUGCAGGAACGCAGCCAAUAACUUGUAACCACAGUAUAACACGAUUUUGUAAGACAAAAGAUGUUGAAUGGAAAAUUUUAUGUCACUUUAAACAUACAAUUACGUACUAGAUGUACAAAAGCUAAAUUUAUCAGACAGUUGAUCGCCCCUUAUCCUGUAAAAUAAACGAUACGAUUUAAA